GCGCCGUGUGCUCCCUCCCGCCGGCGGAGAUGGCGGCGGCGCUGGCGGCCGCGGGCCUGUGAGCACAAAGCCGCCGGGCCCGCGCCGCCCCCGCCCCCGCGCGUCUAGCAUGCGGCGCCGGCGACAUGGGCGACAAGCUGGAGCUGCGGCUCAAGUCGCCCGUGGGCGCCGAGCCCGCCGUCUACCCCUGGCCGCUGCCGGUCUACGACAAGCACCACGACGCCGCCCAGGAGAUCAUCGAGACCAUCCGGUGGGUGUGUGAGGAGAUCCCCGACCUCAAGCUGGCCAUGGAGAACUACGUGCUGAUCGACUACGACACUAAGAGCUUUGAGAGCAUGCAGAGGCUCUGUGACAAGUACAACCGCGCCAUCGACAGCAUCCACCAGCUGUGGAAGGGCACCACGCAGCCGCUGAAGCUGAACACGCGGCCGUCCACCGGGCUGCUGCGCCACGUGCUGCAGCAGGUCUACAAUCACUCGGUCACCGACCCCGAGAAGCUCAACAACUAUGAGCCCUUCUCGCCCGAGGUCUACGGCGAGACCAGCUUCGACCUGGUGGCCCAGAUGAUCGACGAGAUCAAGAUGACCGAGGACGACCUCUUCGUGGACCUGGGCAGCGGUGUGGGCCAGGUGGUGCUGCAGGUGGCUGCAGCCACGAGCUGCAGGCAUCACUACGGCGUGGAGAAGGCCGACAUCCCUGCCAAGUACGCGGAGACCAUGGACUCUGAGUUCAGGAAGUGGAUGAAGUGGUACGGAAAGAGACACGCGGAGUACACGUUGGAAAGAGGGGACUUUCUCUCUGAGGAGUGGCGGGAACGCAUCGCAAACACAAGCGUCAUCUUCGUGAACAACUUUGCGUUCGGCCCUGAAGUGGACCACCAGCUGAAGGAACGCUUUGCGAACAUGAAGGAAGGCGGCAGGAUCGUGUCCUCCAAGCCUUUUGCGCCCCUCAACUUCAGGAUCAACAGCCGGAAUCUGAGUGACAUCGGCACCAUCAUGCGUGUGGUGGAGCUGACCCCGCUGAAGGGCUCCGUGUCCUGGACGGGCAAGCCGGUGUCCUACUACCUGCACACCAUCGACCGCACCAUACUUGAAAACUAUUUUUCGAGCCUGAAAAACCCCAAACUCAGGGAGGAGCAGGAGGUGGCCCGGCGCCGGCAACAGCGGGAGAGCAAGAGCGCGACCCCCACGCCCACCAAGGGCCCUGAGGGCAAGCCCCCUGCGCCUCUGGACCCCCCCGUGGACUCGGGUGCGGAGGAGGACAAGCCGGCAGCCGCGGGGAAGAAGCCGUCCCCGUCCAAGGCUAAGAAGAAACUCAAUAAGAAGGGCCGCAAGCUGGUGGGCCGCAGGCGGGGCCGCCCCAAGAAGGCUGGCGCCUCCAACCCUGAGCGCAGGCCCCGCAGGCCCACCCCCGCGCCCCUGCCCGCGCCGCAGGCUCCCCCGGAUGCGCCCGGCCCACAGGACGCCGCCGGCCCCCCCCAGAGCCCCUUCUACCCGCCUCCCCCGGCCCUGCCGAGGCCGCCGGCUGAACAGCUGCUGCGCGCGCCCACCCCGCCCGCCCUGCAGAAGCUGCUCGAGUCCUUCAAGGUGCAGUACCUGCAGUUCCUGGCCUACACCAAGACGCCGCAGUACAAGGCCAACCUGCAGCAGCUGCUGGACCAGGAGAAGGAGAAGAACGUCCGCUUGCUGGGGGCGGCGCAGCAGUUGGCCGGGCACUGCCAGGCCCAGAAGGACGACAUCCGCCGGCUGUUCCAGCAGAAGCUGGAUGAGCUGGGCGUGAAGGCGCUGACCUACGGGGACCUGAUCCAGGCGCAGAAAGAGAUCUCGGCCCACAACAUGCAGCUGCGCGAGCAGACGGAGCAGCUGGAGAGAGACACGCGGGCGCUGAGGGGCCACAGCCUGCGGCUGCUGCGAGCGCGCUGUGAGGAACUGCGCCUGGACUGGGCCACCCUGUCCCUGGAGCAGCUGCUGGAGGAGAAGCGGGCGCUGCGGAGCCAGAUCUCGGAGAAGCAGAGACACUGCUUGGAGCUGCAGAUCAGCAUCGUGGAGCUGGAGAAGAGCCAGCGUCGCCGGGAGCUCCUGCAGCUCAAGUCGGCGGGACCCCCCGAGGACGGGCUGGGGGCCUCCCGCGGGCCCGGGCCGGGCCGGGACCCCGAGGCGGAGCAGGACUGCCCCAAGCCGCUGCCCGCGCCCCAGGGCCUGAGCCCCGAGCCCCCCGCCCCGACCGCCCGUGUCCCCGUGCCCGCCAGGCAGACGCCCCCCGUGCCCACCGAGGGGGAAGCAGGGCCCUGCGCCCCUGCGCACGGCAGGCGGGGGGAGCGGCCGGACUACUCGCGCCUGUCCCCCGCCAAGCUGGCCCUGCGGCGACACCUCAGCCUGGAUCCCCGGCCCGGCCCCGGGGACGCCCACCCGCGCCCCGAGCUCGCCAGGGAGAACGGGCCGCCCGGCCCCGCGCUGCCCAACGGCCUGAGGCUGAGCCCGCAGGAGGCCCGGCCGGCCUCACCCCCGGAGAAGACCAGUGAGAAGGGCCCGCGAGAGCGCACGUUCUGCGGGGAGGCCAUCACCAGCCUCCCGGUCCGCAUCCCGUUGAGCACCGUGCAGCCCAGUAAGCUGCCCGUCAGCAUCCCCCUGGCCAGCGUGGUGCUGCCCAGCCGCGCCGAGAAGCGGAACACCCCCAGCCCCGGGCUGCAGACGCGAGACUCGGCGCUGGACAGGCCGUCGGGGGGCAGGAGCCUGGCGGGUGCCACUCCAGGCUUAUACACGGGCGUGGCCACCAUUGGUGGGGUGCUUGCGGGCAGCCCGGCCUCCCUGGUGUCCGCGGAGCCGGCCGGCGCCGACGAGGGCCCGGGCGGACUGUUCUGUGCCCUGGGGUCCCGCAGUUCGACCCCGCAGCACCCUGCGCUCCCGGCCCGGCCGCACGCCCCCACCUCGCCCGCACCCGUGCCGCUGCCGUGUGCCAGCCCCAGGCCGGGGCUGGGCGCCACCGUCCCCGAGGCCGGCAGGGGGGAUCCGCCCGCCGAGCUGCCCGGCUUCUCGGACGUGGAGGGCGAGGCCCGGCGCCGCGUGGUCCUCUCUCUGUGCGCCCGGCAGUCCCCGUCCAGCAAGCACAGCCCCCUGCCCGGCACCCGCGGGGAAGCCCCGGACGGCCGCAAGCGGGGGCGCAGGAAGCGGACAGGGACCCCCGCGCCGGGCACCGGCCUGUCCCCUAAGCGCCGGGCCCUCCCUGCCAUGGCCGGGCUCUUCAUGCAACCCACGGGGUCCCCGCUCAACCUCAACUCCAUGGUGAGCACCAUCAACCAGCCCCUGGAGAUCACGGCCAUCUCGUCCCCCGACACGCCUCUGCGGGGCUCGCCCGGGCCUCCCGCCGACCUGGACCAGCCCCCCGUCCUCAAGAAGGAGCGGCCGCUGGGCCCCCCCAACGGGGCACAGUACUCCCCCCUCACUUCCGAGGACGAGGAUGACCCCGGCUCCGACGAGGACACGGGCAGCGCCAGGAUCGAGCGCAAGAUUGCCACCAUCUCCCUGGAGAGCAAGUCCCCCCCAAAGAGCCUGGAGAACGGGCUGGGUCUGCUGGCCAGGAAGCCCCCGUCCUCGGUGGAGCCGGUCAACAGCAGCAAGUGGAAGUCCACCUUCUCGCCCAUCUCUGACCCGGGCCUGGGCAAGGCGGCCGACAGUCCACUGCAGGCGGCUGGGCUCUUCUCCUUGCGGCCCGUAGACGAGCUGGGUGCCGCCCCCCCACGAAAGGCUUUUGCAGGGGCCCCAGGCGGCGGGGGGCUGAGCCCCGGUGGGGGCGCGGCCGGCUUCCCGUUCGCGGGCGGGCUGGCCGGCGAGCUGGGGCUACACGGCCUGGACGGCGCCCCUGGCCCGGCGGCCUUCCCUGUGGCCCGCGCCAAGGAGGCGGGCGGCGCCCCCAAGGCCGAGCCCAAGGCCGCGCACAAUCUUUUCAUCUCCUCAGCCGCGCCCCCCUCGGGGCUGCUGGGUGGCCCCGGGGCCUCGUCCGCGACCACCUCCCGCCCCUUCCUGGGCGCCUUCGCGCCCGGCCCCCAGCUGCUGGGCCCCAUGGCACUGCCCGCCGGCCUGGGCCCCUCCGUGCUGCAGUCGCUGUUCAGCCCCAUGCCUGCCGCCGCCCGGCUCUCCGGCUCCCACACCAUGGGCGGCUUCUCCGGCGUGGCCGGCGGCACCGUGGGAGGUAACUAGGAUCCUACCUCAGCCACUGCCCGCCCGCCCGCCCGCCCACCCACCCCGCAAGGCUGCGCCGAGGAGCCGAGGACCCAGGCCGGGCGCUACUGUGAAGCGAGGUCGAUGCCGCCCGCCCUGCAGCCGCAGCUGGUGCUCCUGCUGGUGCUGAUGCCCGCCCGCCCGCCCGCCCGCCCGUCCCGGGACAGGGCCCAGGGCCCAGGCUGAGGCUGGGAGGACACACGUGGUGCUGGAGGCGCCGCCCUCGGGCGCGGGCGGGUGGUCGCCGAGAUCUCAGGUGCUGCCCUGGGGCGGAGCAGACAGAUGGUGCUGGGCGAGCAGCCCCUCGGCUUCGGUGCUGGUGCUGCUGUGGACCGGACCAGACCGGACCGGACAGGGCACCUCUAUGAAUUGUGAUUAUUUAUGGCUCGUGCCCGCGCCCGUGCCGUCUAAUAAACCGUCUCCACCACCG